AUGCCAACGACGGGACUUUUGCAAACUUCCAUAUGGGCAACUAUGAUUAGGUCACCGUUUGUUGGCUUAUUGGAGAUCUCUAAGUGCCGGUUCUGGGAUGUUAGAUUAGAUUUCGUUGUCGGCUGUCGGGGCUCUUGGGGCCACCGUCGGUCUCGGUCACCGACUUAUACCAACCAUACGGACAAGCCGAGACCGCGCAUGCCCAGGAUUUGCACCACACCAAAGAAACCUGUUAUAUCUCGAUUCUCAUUUUUCAUUGUCUUAAUGACCUGGCUUUGUGAAGAGACGUACUUACAGCAGGCCGUCCAAAGAAUAGCGCACAUGCAGUUCUACCAACCGUCCACACGCCGCGACCAGACCUUUCCGACCACUCAAUAUGUCUGCAGAUUCCGACUCCCACACCAGCAACGGCUUAGAGAAUGUCGAAAAGCGUACAUGCUUCCUCACAACCGUCGGGAGAUUGAACGCAUGAGAAACCAGCAUGAAUGGGAGUGUGGAUUCCUCAGUAUUAAUAUCCAGGCGUUGGAUAUUGAAUAUGAUGUCUAUUGCCAGAUGGAUAAAGAAACGAUGCUCGACCGGUUCGAAUCAGACAUGGAGAAAUACCGGACUGCGGUGCGACACUUCAUUAUUUGGGCUCAGAGGCCGGAAUAG